UGAUUUUUUUAUUCUAUUCUAUUUCUGUUUGUUUACAGUUGAAAAAGACACAAGAAUUACAGAAACAAAUGUUGCUUCAUACAUUUCAAGAAAAAUCAAAACAAUUGGAAUUACAACAUAAAUUACAAUUGGAACAUAAAUUUCAUUAUGCAGUCCACACACAUGGCGCUUAUCAGGAAUUACAAGAACAAAGAAUCAUUUCAGCUGCUGCUGAAGAUCAACAGCAAAGAGAAAGACGAGAAAGGGAAGCCAUAGUCAAACGUAAAGAGAACAGUGCAAAUGCUAGUCCAGAAGUGAAACAAAUAUUAAAUUGUUUUAUAUUAAAUCGUAAACAAGCCGCCUCCUCCCCAAAUGGCAUGCAAACAACAUCACCAUAUCGCAAUAGUGUUGUUAAAAGUUCAUCUGGUGAAUCCCUACCCACUGGAGCAGUUUCUAGUUCUCAUCCAUAUAAAAUACCACAACCACCUCCAUCAUCUCUACUCAAAUAUGAAUCAGAUUUUCCUCUGCGAAAAACUGCAUCCGAACCAAAUUUACUAAAGAUGCGCUUAAAACUAAGUGUCAUAGAACGUAAAGCUCGAAAUAGUGGACCAGCUGGUAUAAGAAGACAUGAACGCCUGUUACAAGCGGCCCAAAGAAGACAACAAAAACAAAAUUCUACUUUAACAAAUUGCAGUAGUACACCUGAUUCUGGUCCAAAUUCUCCACCAUCAUCUAGUCUAACGGCUGCUGGUACAGGUGUAGUUGGUCCAAAUCGUGGCUCACCUACGAAUGCACCUAUACAAGAAGAAAAUGAAGAUGGCAGUCAGUAUCAGCCGGGCCAACGUAGCAGCAUCAAUGACUUAUCAUUAUUUAGUUCACCAUCCAUGCCAAAUAUAUCAUUAGGCCGUCCUCAUUUACAGAAUGCUCAUAAUUCCGCCGCAGCUAAUUAUGCCAUGUUAGCGGCAUUGCGACAACAUGUUGCUUGUGGAGGUGGCGCUGGCAUGCCACCUGUAGCCGGUACAACUGGUCCGCCGACGUAUUAUAAUCCUUUAGCGGUACCAUUUGGCAGACAAGUUGUUCCUCCACCUAGUUCUAUGAUACCACCAACGGCUAAUUCAGCUGUGGCGGGAGCAGCACCUCCGCAGUCUCCAGUUAUACGAUCUGCUUCGGCUACAUCAACAUCUUCAUCACAGGCUUCUCUGGUGGGUGAGGUGGCACCACCGCUAGCUCAUGCAGCUUCGACUGGUACCUCAGCUUUAAUGCAUGUAGCUUCUACGGGCGGUAUACAUGCUGUAGCACAUUCUCCACAAUCGUCCUCCACCAUGUAUGGACAACCAAUUACAGAUGCUCAGGUUGCCCAAGCUCAUCUUAAUAAACAGGGUCACCGGCCAUUGGGUAGAACACAGUCAGCUCCUUUACCCCUAGGUCAUCCUAUGCUAACUGGCAGUGGUCAGUUAAAUAUUACACCAACUCAUUAUGAGAAUAGUGAUGCCGAACGACAAGCUUACGAACAACAUAUAUUAUUAACCCAAAAAAUACGACAAACUGUACUCACACGCAGUGGAGCUGUGCGAGAUACUCAACUGAAAGAAGAGGAUGAUGCCGCCGAAGUAAUGGAUCUCACCGACAAAAAGAAGCCUCCAAAAACAGUGUUAACUAGUACAGUUAUCACGAGUACCUCACAAAAUCUCCCCAAUACAGCAACUGUGGCGGCGCCCAUUCCUUACGCCACUGGUCCACCACCGGUAUGCGUACCAAAUAAACCGAAUAAAUUAAUGCGCAGCAAAGAGUACCUUCAACAACAGCGUGAACUCCUCUAUAUGCAAUCUCUGCAAAUAGAUGAUGCUGUUGCUAGAGGAUUAAUACGACCUUUAUCAAGAACUUUAUCAUCACCCUUGGUUCAUUUGGGUCCUCAUGGUCUAAGUCAAAUUCCUGAUACUGGUCAAUCAACACAUAUUCCUCAUGCCGGCCCCAUUGUUACAUCGUCAUCAGCAGAUCAUAUACCACCAGUAAAUUUAGCCAUACACGGACAUGGACGACAACAUCUAAUGGAUUUGUCCACGCGUCAUGCUCAGUUAACCACCGAACAAUUACAACAGCAACAACAACAGCAGCAGCAGACAACACCUCCAAUAUCUAGCAAUAGUUUGUCACCGUCGCAUAAAAUUACCACAGGUUUAACUUACGACAAUUUAAUGUUGAAACAUGUUUGCAUAUGUGGCAACAACGGUCUUCAUCCUGAACACAGUGGGCGCUUACAAAGUGUAUGGGCUCGUUUAAAUGAAACAGACUUAGCUAAGCGUUGUCAUCGCUUAAGAUCUCCAAAAGCAACUCUCGAAGAAAUACAAUCGGUGCAUACGGAAGCUCAUGCUAUGCUAUUCGGCUCAAGUCAAUGUCAGUUGGCUGCUAACCGACAGAAAUUGGAAGCCGCUGCACCCUCGGCAAGCUUCGUACGACUUUCGUGCGGUGGUGUGGGUGUAGACUUGGACACCACUUGGAAUGAACAUCAUACGGCAUUAGCAGCAAGAAUGGCUGCUGGUUGUGUCAUCGAUUUGGCUAUGAAAACUGCCAAAGGUGAUUUAAAGAAUGGUUUUGCAGUGGUACGGCCGCCCGGUCAUCAUGCCGAAGCCAACUUGGCCAUGGGCUUUUGUUUCUUUAAUUCCAUAGCGAUAGCAGCUAAACUAUUAAGGCAGCGUUUACCUGAAAUUAAGAGGAUCCUUAUUGUCGAUUGGGAUGUCCACCAUGGCAAUGGCACACAGCAAGCUUUUUACAGUAAUUCAGAUAUUUUAUAUUUAUCCAUACAUCGUCAUGAUGACGGCAAUUUCUUCCCCGGCACUGGUGGACCCACAGAGUGUGGCUCCGGUUCUGGUUUAGGCUACAAUGUUAACAUUUCCUGGUCUGGUGCGUUGAAUCCACCAUUGGGUGAUGCCGAAUAUAUUGCUGCAUUCCGUACUAUUGUGAUGCCAAUUGCUCGUUAUUUUAAUCCUGAUAUUGUUUUAGUUUCGGCCGGUUUCGAUGCUGCAUCAGGUCAUCCUGCUCCUUUAGGUGGAUAUCUUGUAUCGCCAGCUUGUUUUGGUUAUAUGACACGCGAAUUAAUGCAUCUGGCCAAUGGUAAAGUUGUUUUGGCUCUUGAAGGUGGCUACGAUCUACCGGCUAUAUGUGAUUCCGCUCAAGAAUGUGUUAGAGCUUUACUGGGCGAUCCUUUAUCACCGAUAGCUGAAAGUGAACUUAAUCGUCCUCCCUGUCAAAAUGCAAUUGAUACCUUGCAAAAAACUAUAGCUAUACAGUCUCAACAUUGGCCUUGUGUUAAACGUUUAGAUCAUACUGUGGGUAUGUCUGCGUUGGAAGCUUUAAAAAUUGAACAUGACGAGUCGGAUACUGUAACAGCUAUGGCAGGACUAUCAAUGCAGUCGAUGAACAAAACUCUUUCUUGUGAUGAUUCCGAGGAACCGAUGGACCAAGAUGAAACUAAAUAGAAAACAUUCUAUUUAACUGAAAUUUGAAUUGUUUUUGGAUUGGUUGGAAGGCAGUUUAUACAGUUAAGCACCAAUGAAAAAAACUAACUGCCAUAAUUUUUGUUUGGAUCAAAGCAUAACCAAAGCUUUGAAAACAAUCUUUCCAUUUUGGGAUUGUUUUUAGUAGUAAUAAUUGUAGUUGUAAACACACUUACAAAACACUCAUACACAAAUUUUGAAUGUUUGGUGAGAACUGUCAUUAGUGAGUUCUCAUAACAGUCGCACUUUUUCAUAUAAUUUUGGAACUGCAUAUAUUUUUUAUGCGGCAUUUAUGUGGUUUAUUUGUAAUGUACUAUUAAAAACAAAAGAAAAAAAUAAUAUUCUCACUAAGUAUAAACUUGUACAAAAAAAAAAUAAUUUUGGAAAUCUGCUUUGUAAUUGUUGAGAAACAAUUUAAACGCCUUGCGUACAAAGCAAAGAAAAAUCGUAACAUUUCAUGAGAGAGAUAGAGAGAGAGUGAAAUCCUUUCUAAUCCUCAUUUAAAUAUUUG